CUACUAACCAUCUGGUAGCGUUUCACAGUUUUUUGAUGUAGAUACUUGCAUUUUGUAAGCCCCCUGCCAAAAAUGGUGAGGCGUAUUUGCAAUGCUGACUGCUGUUUCGGGUAAACCACCGCUCUAUACGAACGUUCAUUUCAAGGCAGUGGGGGCAUCUGGCUGAUCAAUGUGCACUUCUGAGGACGUUGUCAUAGUAACUUUUCACAAAUCUGCUUCAGACCUCAACGUUAGCAAGUAAUAAUAAAGGAUUUGUGAUAAAAAAAAAAAGGAAAUAAAAGUCCGUAGUUUUCCAGGCGACAACUACAUAUCACGCGUCGAAUUAUCUUAGGAGAUGUUCGAGAUGAGCUUUUUAUCAGAAGCAUUAGUGAAACUUAUGCGGAGAAAAGACGCUGAUGGAGGGAUUUUGACUACCAAUCUUCGACGAUGUCUUUCCACGCUCGACAUCGCCUUCUUGGGUAUCGGCAACAUGCUUGGAUCAGGGGUAUAUAUUCUUGCCCCCAAUGUGGCUAAUAAGUUAACGGGUCCUGCGAUUGUACUGUCCUUUCUACUGGCUGGCAUUGCUUCUCUUUUGGCUGCUUUAGCAUACGCUGAAUUCGGUGUUCGUUUUCCACGAUCGGGCUCCGCUUACUCUUAUACAUACUUUGCUCUUGGAGAGAUCCUCGCGUUCUUUGUGGGAUGGAAUCUUAUCAUGGAAAAUGUGUUGUCUCUGGCAGUUGUUGGCCGAACAUGCAGCGCCUACGCAAACUCGUUAUCCAGGGGAAUCAUCGGUAAUUUCACCGUUAACGUAUUUGGAUGGCUCACUGAUAAACAAAAUAGCUCGCUGUCGAAAUAUCCGGACGUACUCUCAGCCAUUCUGUUGAUUGCGUUUGUUCUUUUCAUGUUACUAGGUGCUAAGCAAACAUCAUGGCUAAACAAUACUCUUGUCGUUGUCAAUGUCAUAGUAAUGGCCAUUAUCUUUGGGGUUGGUGUCUUUCACGCCGACUUCUCUAACUGGCAGUACCAUUGCGGCGACCACAAGCCCGAUGGCUUUAUCAGCGGUUUUCUUCCACACGGCUGGUCUGGAGUACUUUCUGCGUGUGCCAAGUGUUUUUUUGCCUACGUUGGCUUUGACAGCAUCGCGGCAGCCGGUGAAGAAGCGAGGAACCCUGGAAAGUCAAUUCCGAUCGCCACCCUUAUGGCCAUGUCUGUAGUUUCUGUCGUUUACAUCUCGGUGUCUGGAGUUCUCACGCUUAUGCUGCCAUACUAUGACAUAAACACGGAAGCAGGUAUACCAGAUGCCCUUAAGCAUUACGACGCAUACUGGGCUGUGUAUAUGGUCUCUGGGGGCGCCAUUGCUAGUAUGGUCACGGUUAUCAUGGGAACCAUAUUUGCAGUAUCUCGAGUAAUGUACGCUAUGGCUGAAGAUGGUCUACUACCAGCUAUUUUCUGCUCCGUUUGCCGAAAGGUUCCGUUCGUUUCGAUGAUCACAUCUACGUUUGUCGCGGCAAUUUUGGCUGUCUUUUUCGAUACCGACGCCAUCAUUGAAAUGCUUUCCAUAGGAACGCUCUUUGCAUAUCUGAUCAUAGCGUUUGGUGUGGUUAUCGUGCGAUAUUCACCAACGAAGGUGCACGCUAAGGGUGAAAUAGGCCCGCGAGUGACGCUACGAGUAUGGGCAGCGUCAUCCUUGUACUCUCUGUAUCCAUCUCGAAUGUCUCAUAAAACUCUCAUCGUUAUCACGCUAGCUCUAGCUACAUUUUUUGCUUUCGCAUUCGGCUUCUCGGUGAACGUCAAAGGAACUCCAUGGGACGGACAGAUCGGGCUUACUGUGGUGUGUGGAUCUAUGAUUUUAGUGGCAGUGGCAUAUAUCUAUCCGCUCAAGGAGCUUCUCGACGACGAAAACUACACGUUCCAGAUGCCGUUAAUGCCUCUUCUGCCAGUUAUCAGUAUGAGCUUGAAUGCUUUCCUCAUGACGACAAUGGAAGCGGUGACAUGGUACCGAUUCAUAGUAUGGCUUGUCUUGGGUGCCACGGUCUACUUCGCCAACGGCUACCGUUACAGUAAGCUGAACCAGGUUCAACUUAAAGAGAAGUUGGACCAUAGCUAGAUUUGACAGCGAUCAUAUACGUUUACUGUCACCACAAAAGAACAAAGAUUUUUUGGUAGUAUAAAAGACAAGGUGCGUUACUUAAGAUACCUUUACUCAUGCUGCCACAGGUCAUUUGUACAUAAGAGCGACACAUGUCAUGUUGAAACAUUCAUAACACACGAAAUAUAACAUUUUCAUCGUGAUAAUAAAAAAAAAACGUCUUCUUUCUUUGGAGAAAACGGUGACCAAACAUAGCAACUUUACGAAAUUUUUCAUUUCACCUAUGUAACGCAAUUACGGUAUUCGUCGAGAUAUUCUUCAAUCGAAAAACACAUUUAUAUGAUCCUUAACAAGACACUGCCCUCAAGGCUCUUGUUUGUGAUUACCCAUCAAAGCUAUUACUAGUUAUUGUAUCCACUUGAUUCUAAUGUAUUCUGUACUGUGCGUUUGUAUAGGAAACUGAAAGCUCAAGUAUUACUUGUUUGGAAUUUCGGUUUGUAUGGUUAUCUUUGGCACUUCUUGACUUACCACUGGUAAUUCACUGCUUCCCUUAUGCAGAAAAAUCGUCUCCAUUUAAUUAUUGCUUUUUCUGCUUAGAUCGAAAGAAAAAAUUUUCUUCGAUGCUGUAGCAAUGUAAACAAUACCAAGCCCGAGUUAAUUAGAAAAUUAGCCUGUGGCCUGUUACAAUAUAGGCUUAGUGAAGUCAUGACUGCAGAUGUUUGCGCGCCACGUUCCAUGGGCGUAUUCGUCGAAUCGAACGAGUAAACGUGCCACAGUGGAAAACGUAUACAUGUUGACCAGCCGUAUUGUUAAAGAGUGGUUGUACCCUAUUGAUACUUGUACUGCUACAUACAUUCAAUUUCUUCGCCAUAUCGGGACUAUCACAUGGCAGUUUUGCUUCAUUUACAGAUACUUCUUAUCUCGCAAAUCAUCUCUUCGACGCAGAAAAUGUUGUUAAAAAGUACGCAACAUUCAAUUAUUGUCAUUAUAUUGAUAGUAAACGCGGUUUUAUUAUUGUGUCGUUCAGCCUUCCACGGUGAACUUAGUAUUCUGUCGGGUCCAUCAGUCAUUUUGUCGUUAUGAUUUGGAACAAAGUCAAAUAAAGCUCUAACGCUAUCACACUCACGAUUCAUCGAUGGUGUGAUAGUAUUAUGAUAUAGAAGUUAACAGUAACACAAAAAAACGAAAACGAUACAACUUUAAAGUGCGCUUACGUCAUAUCCGGUUGACUAGAUUAAGUUAGCCAAACCUUCUCCUAAAUAGGGUAGCGCCAAAUCGCUGGCGGAUUCCUAAACGGCUCGCAGUCAAUUACAAGAGGAAAAGGAUCAAGUCAAAACGUAUCAAAGGCGAAGUUUCGAAGAUGUCGAUAUCGAAAAGAUGCAAACGUAAUAUUGACGUGCCAAUUCCUUGGCUAUUUCCUAAUAUGUCUACUUUAAGCAGCUCAUCCCUAUCGACACUGAACACACAAGCUUACGUGGACACAAGCUGUAAUUCGAAGAAAUGCAUCGUCUCAGUUCGAAGCAGUUGAAGUUCCACACCAGAAAAGCCAUAAUGAAUGUUCCAGUUAUUCCCUAUCAAUGGAAUGGCAGUAAGCGAAAGCCUUAAGCACGAAUUUCACAGUGCCAAGCGCGUGCUCUACACUGAAGACGGUUUAAUACUGUCAUAGGACAUGGAAAAUCUCACAUACGCAAUACCACAAAAUCUCAACCCUUAUCUUAAGCUAGAACCUUUGUUUUAGAUUAUGAUAUUACAAGUUUUAGCUGUACUAAUAUAACAUCAUCAAAUCUGCCAUCAUCCUUAGCUCGUUUGUAUUAAGUAUUCUAUGGAUCACAGAUCUUACGAAAGCGGCACAUCCUGUUGAAUCGUCACCUUUGAUACCUACAGGCCGGUACAUCCUACGAAUAAUUAGCUCACCAAAAAGAUUUAUGAUGUUCACCGUUUGUGGUACAUACUCUCCUAGGAAUAUGCAUUCUCUCGACCGUAGAAGCAGGCUAAAAAACUGCUCCGCAGAUUGUCUGAUUAUUCUCACAGUUGAUGGUACGUAAUUUAGAAAAGUUAACUUUUGACUAAAUGUUCUACUAGAAGUGAUGACAUGUGUAUACUGAAGCGCCACGGAGCUCUGCUUCAUCAACCCCGAAUACUACAUUUCUAUUUCGCGCAUGCGCUGCACGUGCAAACUCUGUAUCACAGAAUGGGACCAAAAAAAUUUACCAUCAGCAUCUUUGAAACGUUCUAAGAUUCGAGGGAUAGCUAUUCCGCUAACCACCUGGAUGUCUUACCUGUCAUUAUGUUAUGUUUCUUUUUUCCUCACGCGGCUUGUGGCAAAGAUUUUCUGCCAUGAAUCCCAAUUCUGAUAGUUUUUUUUGUUGUUGAUAAAGCUGCGAGCUUCGCUCUGUUAUACAUCGCUUGUAGCGUGGCUAUGAUGCAACAACAAACCUGUCAUCAUUUCACAGUAUAUCCUAGGUCUUACCGGAAAAAUGACUCUGUUACACAUUUCGUUGAAUGCAAGUAUUGCCCAAAUGUCAAAGCAGAUGGUACAAAAAUAUCAUGCUCUGUCUAUAGAACACAUCUCGACGCCGCCUCAAUGACGCCCUCGUCGUCGUAGGUCUUUUUAUAGUGUUAACUUUGCUCAUCAUCAGCGAAAUCUCUACUAGCUUAUUCAAUUAGGAAAUACGCUUCGAAAAAGACGAUCCCGAAAAAAAAGGGAUUUUUUGACGGUUGGCUACCACACGGCUGGUCUAAUGCC